AUGGCCGACAACGCCGGGGCUGCCGCUGCUCAGCCUGGCCAGGACAACGCCGGAGGAGGCGGAGCGUUCAGCGGCAUCAUCAAACAGGCCGCCUUCGCUUACUUGACCUCGAGGCUCGUCAGCUACCUCUUCACCGGCAAGUCGACCUUCUCGCCUCCCCCUCCUCCUGCGACCGUCUCGACCCCCGAUACCCAGUCCACCGGUCCCGCCUCUCCCGCCUCUCCCGCCAACUCCGCCCCUUCCUCGCCAUCGACUCCCUCAUCCGGGCAAGAACCCCCUCUCCACCCCCUCUGGCCACCCAAGACCCUCCUCGACUUCCACCUUACCCUCUCGCCCGAAUCCGACCCGUCCAACGUCAACCCGCACGACUCGCGGUUCCCGAGCGUUACGUGGGAAGGUGUCGAGCUGGGAUUGGCGAGCAAGUGGAGCAGGGUGUGGGAGACAGAGUGGGACGUGCCGGAGAGCGUGCAGCACAACGGGUCGUUCUUCCUCGAUGCGUUUGUCGCGCGGGCGGGGAGCGAUCUCGCCAAGGACGCUGAGGAGGGACAGGUCUUGCAUGUGCGCAAGGCGUUGACGAGGUACUAUCCUCAGAAGCGGGUCAAGGUCGUCAAGAACCUCCUCUCCGGCGAGCCUGCCAACGACGUCAAGGAGAAGGAGGACGAGCCCGAGACGGAAGAGACGGAGGAGGAACGCAAGGCCCGGCCGAUCGUCUCGUUCUACCACCCGAACGUCACGCUCGAACUCGUCACCGAAUCCGGCCCGCUCGCAUACGCGACCCUCCCUCCUCCCGUCAAGCAACACGUCCACAUCGCACGCAACGGCCAGCGCACGUUCGACUCGAAGCAGACCUACUUCCCCAUCGUCCACCCCAACGAUUUCUGGCUCCUCUCGUCCCACAUGUUCCCUCUCAACUCGAGCACGACCCGCGUACCCUUGCGCGUCGAACUCAAGCCCACGAGCCACUUCAAGUUCCAGAUGUUGAGCACGAUGGACGAGGCGUUCACGAAGCAGAGCGCGGCGACGGGCGGAGGGAGGGGCGAGUUGGAUGAGAUCAAGCGCAUCCUGAUCGAGACGAACCCGACGCUCCUCAUCACCACCGUCAUCGUCUCGGUCCUCCACAUGCUCUUCGAGUUCCUCGCCUUUACGAGCGACGUCAAGCACUGGCGGGGCAAGAAGGAGCUGGUCGGCGUCUCGGUCCGGACGAUCCUCACCAACGUCUUUGUCCAACUCGUCGUCCUCCUCUACCUCGUCGACCAAUCCGAAGAGACAAACUACAUGAUCAUCGCUUCGAGCGGGAUAGGCGUCGCGAUCGAGGCGUGGAAGAUCACCAAGGCCGUCGACAUUCGCGUUCGCCCGAACCCCGCUCGCCCGCUCUUCCCGUACUCGCUCGAGGUCAAGGACAAGCAUGUCUUGACCGAGGACGAGCUCAAGACGCAGGAGUAUGACAAGCUCGCGUUCAAGUGGGUCGCGUGGGGCACGGCGCCGUUCCUCAUCGGCUGGACCAUCUACUCCCUCCUCUACCAGCCCCACAAAAGCUGGUACUCCUUCACGGUCCAAACGAUGUACUCGUUCGUCGGCGCCUUUGGCUUUGUCCAGCUCGUCCCGCAGCUCAUCAUCAAUUACAAGCUGCGGUCUGUUGCGCACAUCCCGAUGAAGGCGAUGGGCUACAAGGUCCUCUCUACAGUCAUCGACGAUUUCUUCGCCUUUAUAAUUCGUAUGCCGUGGCUACACCGUUUGGCGUGCUUCCGGGACGACCUCGUCUUCCUCAUCCUCCUCUACCAGAUGUGGAUCUACCGCGUCGAUCCGAACCGCGAAAACGAGUACGGCCAAAAACUCACGGAGGAAGAAGCAAAGAAGCUUUUGGAGCAGCAGGCGAAGAAAGACAGGGAGAAGGUUGAGGCGGAGAAGGCGGAGUCGAAGAAGACGCAGUGA